UAAAUCAUAUUAACUAGUUGCCUCUCUCUCUCCCUCUCUCUCUUAACGAACCUUUUCUCGCUCCUUGGAUUCUUUCAGUAUCGCUUGAAUGGCGGGUAGAGGCAAAACUCUAGGAUCUGGCGCCUCGAAGAAGGCCACCUCUAGGAGUAGCAAGGCCGGUUUGCAGUUUCCCGUCGGUCGUAUCGCCAGGUUCUUGAAGGCCGGCAAGUACGCCGAGCGUGUUGGUGCCGGCGCCCCUGUUUAUCUCGCUGCAGUUCUCGAGUACCUCGCCGCUGAGGUACUUGAAUUAGCUGGAAAUGCAGCUCGAGACAACAAGAAAACCAGAAUUGUUCCCCGCCACAUUCAGCUAGCUGUGAGGAAUGAUGAGGAACUGAGCAAGCUGUUAGGUGAUGUUACUAUUGCUAAUGGAGGUGUGAUGCCUAAUAUCCACAACCUCCUCCUGCCAAAGAAGACUGGCACCUCAGGCUCUAAGGCUUCUGCUGAUGAUGACAGUUAACUUCAAUAAGGAAAUGUUUAAAUGAUCCUGAAGAAGUCUUUCUGCUAAUGUGUUUCCACUGUGAGAUCUAAUAUAUGCCUGUUUGUUUAGUAGAUUUUUAUAUUAGGGUUUGAGUCUUUUGUGCUUGUGGGGAUGUAGUUGUAUUAGGUAGGUUUAGUUAGUGAUGUGAAUAUAUUCGAUUAUCUUGUAGUUGGCUAAAUAGAAAAAAUUGUGGAAAGAAUUCUUUUUCCAUAAUGACAAAUUAAUGCAAGAUUUGAAUCUUA